AUGUUUAUUCUAUAUAUAUUAUCAUCAACAAGUAACAACAACAACAAUGUACUAGUAGUAAAUGGACAACCUCAAGUAAUAUCACAUACAAUCACAAACUCGACUGUCAAUAUAUUGGGUACUGACAUGGAUAUAGCAGUGAUGGAGAUUGGUUUAGACAGAGACUUGUAUCAUCAUAUGGAUGUUGUUUGUCCAAAUUAUACGUGUCAGGGUGUUGUACCAAAGGGUGGUAUAGAUUGCACAUGCGAUUAUACCGAUCCAAAUAACUGUCCCAAGACUCCGUCAAACGACCCAUCAUGUCCACCUUGCGACACGAUCUAUGUAGACGAGGAUGGUGACGAAGUAGAAUAUUGUAAUCCUGGUUACGAGUGGAAGACGAUUCAAACCAACAUUGAAUACGAGUUUACAAUUAUCAAUAGAACCUAUUUACGUCUUAAAGCAGAUGCUUCCAUGUGUCAAGGUAUUCGAUUCUACCUUGUUCCCAAAACUAAUCCAGUUAGAUUUCAAACUGCUCCCAAUCCUUCAAUGGAACAUCCUAGAGUUACUACUUUUGAUGGGAUCAUGCAAGUAGGUAUUUGUCCAAGUGAUAAUUAUGACUAUCCAGGAGUUUAUCUUUCAUGGACCAAUCAUACAUAUACUAUCAGACUUAUACCAAUACACGACAAUGUACCAAUGACACUAUCGUUUAUAGCCUAUUCUGAAGAGGUGCCCAAUGAGGUACCAGUCUCUAAUCCAUGUGUCAACGUGUCUUCAGAUCACGCAUGUCUCAACGAUGGACAAUACUUUUAUGGGCACUUGGAAGAUGCUGAAAUGGCCUUUUAUACCUAUGCUGUCGACCGUCCCAUGACUCUUUCAUUUGCUUGUCCUUCAAUGGAUCAAGAUAUGGAUAUUUAUCUUUCUGAAACUAUCCCAUUCCCAUAUGAAUCAAAUAAUACUUGGAGCGCUGCAAAUUAUUUUGAUGAUUUUAUAACAUUGGAUAUGUAUCCAAAUGAAGAUGGUAGUCCUAUGAUAUUAUAUAUUGGUAUUUAUGCCAAUUAUAUAACACCUUUUAGAUGUGCAAUUACAUCGUUUACGAAACCAAUUUUAAGGGCACUGACAAAUAAUACAGUGUUUGGAGGCACCAAUAUAUUGGCGGCAGCCAUGGAAUUGGACCAGACAGAUUACGUGUGGAAGAAUAUAUUGUGGUCUUCAGCCAGCUCCUUUUUUGCCAUCUAUCCAAAGUAUCAAUUGAACCCAUUCUGGCCAUUACCACCAUUGCUCUCAAACGACGACCAACACGUCAACUUUUUCCAAGGUCUCGAAUACAAUGUCGAGAAUAAUCCAAAACCAAAAACACUACAGACAGUCUUUAUACUUCGAAAGAAUACACAAGUGUACAUGGACUAUGAAGCCAUUGCAGCAUCGACACUUAGGAUCAUUCGUACAUUGGUCGAUAGUCAAGGUGCGCCAUUGGACGUGGACAUUACAUUCACACCAGGCAACUCUACAUGCAACUAUGAUGAAUUUGAAGAGAUCACAAGUCAACUCACCGUCCUAAAAGACCAACUAUUCACCACUUAUGGAUUCAGAGCAGUAUCAAAUACUCGAUUUGCCAUUGAUAUAUUGUCGUUGAAUGCUUCUUGGACUGGGUGUUCGAAAUUGGCCAAUAGUUUGCUCGAUACGUCCACCACAACCGUCGAGUCGUUUAGCACAACGUGUCCAUAUGCACCGGGUGAGACAGAGUACUUUACCGAUCCGUGUUGUUAUCCUGAACUCACGUUUACUCAGUGUUGUCUACCCCGUUCAGUGUCUGUCCCAGUAACCAACUACCUCGGAGUGCAAUCCAGUCUUGUCUCUGAUCAAUGUUCGUCACCCGACUGUACAGCCAGUGUUUUAGAAGACUAUUUCAAUGCAACCAUGACAAUUAAUUCAGAGUGUGCAUUGACCUAUUCUAGUUUUUCUCAAUUUCAAAUGGAUCUCUAUAAAGUUCAACGUCAUUGCAAAGGUACCUAUAUUCCCAUUCCAUGUGACAAUGAUACCAUGUGCAGUAAUUCAAAAUACAAGUGUAACGCUUUUACAAGACAAUGUGAAAUUCCACCAAUCAUUCAAGAUCAAGAAUAUUUUUCUUGUGUAGUUAAUAAUGUUGGACCAAAAGUUAUUUUCAUGUUGGCAAUUAGUUAUAAUUUGACAAUGCCAAUUGAAGAUCCAGAAUUUAUUCCAACAUUGUAUGAAAAGUUUGUUCAUCAAGAUUGUUCGUCGAGUACUGGUGUCAAGUACAGAGCAUACACUGAAUACAAUUAUGCAAAUUCAUUUACAGUGUGUUAUCCACCAACACAGUGUCUCGAUACAACCUGUCCAACCAUCCAUGACAUUUGUUUUGAUGGAUACUAUGAUGGUUUUGAAUUUACAACCACCGAUCAAAUAGACAGCUGCGCAGACAUUGGGCAUUGUAAUGACGGUUCAUGCGACUGGUCUCUAGAUCCAGAUUGCCAUUUAAAGUGUCCGUCACGACCAUCUUUUUGUGGUUAUUGUCAAGCCAACAUGACAGAUUGCUACAACUUUGGAUCAACAGUCGCCACAUCUCAGUCAGAUUGCUCAUUGGUCGAUUCUGUGUGCACGCUCAAGGACGGUAGUUUUGAGGCAGGUCUAACUGACGAAGAGUGCCGUGACACGAGCGGAACAUGUACAGUUCCAUGUGGGUAUGAAUGCAAGGGUGAUAUCUACACUGGAUGUUUCUUGUUUAAUAUGACUACACAGAGCAGCUGCUCGGCAUUUGCCGAUACUACUUGGAUAUCGACCGACAAUAUUUGCUCCAUGCCAUCCCUUUCCCAACAAGAGUGCAUCGACUAUGCAAAUGUAUCGGGUGAGUUGACGGAAUGGUUGAAUUGCUCGAGUCUACCCGUAUCAGAGUGCGGUCUUCGUCGUGCACCAUCUUAUUGCUACGUUGAACCAAUCGAAUGCACUACACGUGAGGAAUGCGAAGGUGCUGGACAGUGCUCAGAUGAAUACUUUUUCUCGACCGUUGCCACCCCAGAAUACCCAUCGAUGUUUGGCAAGUGCGUCCGCGGCCACAAAAACUACCGUCAGUGGGGUAUCCCAACGUGUCUUGAAUCAGUCGAGAGAGACUCGCCCAACGGGUGCUACGCCGUCGAACCCAUGGCAUACACGUACCAAGAGUGUAUAGAGAUGGGAGAAGAGUUCCAAUGGUGGGAGCCAUCCCUUACAAACAAGACCCAGUGUCUUGCACAGAUGGGGUGUUCAGUCAUUGACUCUGCACCAUACAACCUGCCCAACAACUUUAGAUACAAUGAAAUGAACGAAUCACAAUGCACAGACUGCACUAACGGUGAAAAGUAUCACUCGUGGCAAAACAAGUUUGAAUGGACAUCUGGAAGAUGGUAUCCAGGUAUCCCCGUCAAACCUACCUGGAUCGCACCCCAAUACAUCAAUUCUGCAUCAAUCAACACGCUACUCGACCACAACGACCUUUCAGAUAUGCUCGACCAAGUUUACUACACUCACAUCUCGAAUCUCCUCAGAUCAUCGUCAUUGUGUAGACUGGAGCGUGUUGAAGACAACCUCAACUCGAUUGCCUGCUCGUGUAGUGGACCUGGUGGUUCACAAUGUUUUACAAGCAGCUCGUUGAUUCUCGGUCAGAGCUACCCUUGCGCAAACGAAGAGAGCGAGUUUAAAUUUUCAUUUGGAAAGAUUCAAUUUGACAAGAGCAGUAUUCCAGAGGCAUGCACCAAUGUAGUGGUGUCUCAACUCUCCAAACAACUAUUCAAAGCACCUCAGACAGAGUCACUCUCAUCCAACUUUGUAUCUUACAAAAAAACCGAUAGUUUUGCCAUCUACAAUGACAAUGGAGCUGCCAUUGGUAUCAUUUUAACCGAUGGAAUCAAGUUGCAGUCGCCUGGUGUCGAUACGUUUACCAUUUGUUUCAGUGGAGAUAUUAGUAGAUCGUCGUCAUACCCCGUAUUUGAUAUUGCAGCCGAUUCAUUAAAUGCUGGAUCUUUUAGAGCAUCGUCGGAGCAGUCUGAUCAGACAAGUGAAGUCGACGAUGAACCAAUGUCACUCGUCGUAUUGGGUGCCAAUAUAACAGUGUCUACUGACGAGUUGACCAGUGUAGUGUAUUACUGUGCCAUGGUCGCACCCGAUACAGACACAUCCACCUAUUUCCUAGUGUCUCGUGUCCAAGACUACCAAGAUUUGCCCAAACAAAUGUUUGACAAGCAGGCUACAGCUCUCCUCUUUACACUCGCCGCUAUAUUCCUAUUCCAUUGUGCGUGGGGUGUACUGCAGCUUGCUGUGACUGGCUACCAAUACUUUAUCCAUUCCGAGGAGCCAAGAUUGGUGCACGCACUCAUUGCCUCGAUCACUGUAUUUAUGCUUAUCAGAACCAUCUACUUCUUUUUACUGGCCAAAGGAACAGCCAUGAUUCCUGUCGCCGACUAUGUACUCGUCGUAUUACCAACCUUCCUCUAUUUCACCUGUUUUACCAUCAUCAUUGUUAUUUGGUACAUGCUUGUAAAGACGAUUGCCAAUCGCGGUAUUUUCCAACGUAUCAGAACGAUGAUUGGUACCAUCAACGGUGUACUCUACAUCUUGUUUGUCAUCAUUGUCUUGGUAUUCCAUUUUACAAGAUCAACUGAAAACAAUGGUGAUUGUGGAGGUCGUAUUCCAAUGGAAUCAAACGAGACCACUCCACAACGUAUCGUAUCGAUUGUCUAUGCAGUGGUACAAGCCAUCAUAUCGUUGAUUAUUGGUGGUGCAUUUGCCUAUCUCGGAGGUACCAUCUACUUUAUGAUGAAACGUAAAAAGGUUGCAUUGGACUACAAGAAACGUACCAAUCAACAGAAAAAGGUGUCGACCAUCACUGUGGCAUGUUCUAUUGGUUUCAUUCUCCAUUGCGUAUUUGUGUUGGUAUUGGUCGGCGCUGAACCAAACAAUGUCGUAUUUACAUUUGUCGGUCUGAUUGUGACAGAGAUUGCCCCAAUUGCCACACUCCUCUAUUCCUACAAAAAGGGUACAUUGUCUGGUAUCAGAGAUGCAACCAGACGAUUCAGUAUGAAAGAUACAUCCUCUCCACCGACCGACACUACAUUUACCUCUACUGCCUCAAGUUCAUCUGCAAAGAGUGCAAUCUCUUCAAAAAGUCUUAAACAUCAACAACAACAACAUCAACAAUUUGUCAACCACCACCACCACCAAGUCGAUGGAUUAAAUGUUACAUCUAGUACGGUAUCAUUUAAAAGUUCAAAUUUAUUGGGUACUGAUUGGGAUGUGGCACUUUUUGAUCUAGAGUUUGACAAUGACUUGUAUUAUCACAUGGAUGUUAUAUGUCCCAAUUUCACAUGUCCAAAUGUCGUUCCCGAGGGAGGCAUCGAUUGCACGUGCGAUUAUACUGAUAAGAAUGAGUGUCCCAAGAAACUUGAUCAAUCGUGUCCUCCCUGUCCAGAAUACUUUGGCACCACUUCCUAUUGUGAACCAGGUUACAAUUGGGAAACCGUCAAUGCUAGCACUGAAUACACAUUCGAAUCCAACAAAACAAUUAAUUUACGUCUCAAGGCCGAUGCAUUUAGUUGUCAGGGUCUGCGACUCUAUCUAUCCCAAAUUUAUGGACCAAUGGAUUUUCUUGUCAGUGCCGUAGAUCCAAAUUUUAUAUAUCGUCGAAGAGGGUAUGCCGAGGGGAUGUCUCAAAUUGGUAUUUGCCCUACUGAUAAUACAGAUAAAAGCAAAUUUAGUUGGACAAACAACACAUACUUUAUAAGGAUCACUCCAAGGGAUACAACAAACAAUAUAUCGUUUACAUUUCAAGCAUACUCUUCAGAAGUACCCAAGACUGAACCAUCAAGUGCCCCUUGCCAAAACAUUGCAACAACUCAUAAAUGUAUAAACGAUGGAGAUUUGGUUUCUGGAGAAGGAGCAACAGGUGAAUACCAUUAUUAUACAUUUGUAGUCGACCGUCCAAUGAAUCUAUCAAUUGGAUGUCCAACAGUUGAACAAGACAUCAAUUCAUUUAUUAGUGAAUCCCACCAGUUUCCAAAUUCAUCUUUAUAUAAUUGGACUAGUUCAUCUAAAUUUGAUGAUCUUACAACUAUCUAUAUGGAACCAUAUGAAAAUGGAACUGCUAAAAUAUUGUAUAUUUCCUUUCUCACCGUCUUCGAGUCAGAGUUUCGUUGUACAGUUACAUCUCAUGCCAAAUCCAUUUUAAGAAAAGUAGUUGAUAGUCCUCCUCUUGGUGGUAAAUUUCUACUCCGUUCCACAUCGGUGUUGAUAUCGCCAGAUGGAAAGGUUUGGAAUGAUAAUGAAAGAGCCGACAGCAAAUUCUAUGCCGUUUUCCCAAGACUGCUUUUGAACCCCUAUUAUCCCAUCCCAACGAUGAUGAUCGGAGACGACCAACAUGUUUACUUUCUUCGAAACAUAAACUACUCUGCACCAAACCCAACCAAACCAAAAGCCUUCCAAGCUGCGUUUAUCCUCAAAAAGAACGACAAGCAAUUCAUGGACUUUGACACCAUAUCUAAAUCAAAGUUGAGAUUCUCUGGUUAUUUGGUCGAUAGCCAAGGCAUGUCAUUUUCAGCCGACGUCCCUUUCCAGGUCAAGAAUCUCACCUGCCAAUACGACCAAUUCACCCAGAUUAGCUCUGAGAUUGGCGAGAUGGGAGACCAGCUGUUUAGCUCUCCCAAUUUCAAAGAGGUUUCAAACCUUCGUUUCGCCAUUGAUAUCUUGACGUCAAAAGACCCUUGGGUAGCGUGUACCAGCCUUGCAAACAGUCUCAUUGAAACUAAUGUCGUCCAAGUCGAAUCAAACAUCUCUGUGUGUCUCAAGAAUGAUACCGAUCCACUGUACAACGAGGAUCCAUGUUGUAAUGCCGUCAAAUCCAUUGCACAGUGUUGUGCGCCUUCUCUCGUGCUCACCCCAGUAUCCCAGUUUGUGGCCGUGAGGGAUCUACCAGACCGUUGCUCAUCGCCAGCCUGUACAACCAGUGUGUUGAAAGACUAUGCCAAUGCCACUGCCACUGUCGACAGUGAGUGUAGUUUGACCUACUCGGAUUUCUCAGAGUACCAGUUAAAGAUUUAUACAGCGUUGCGUGAUUGCCAAUCUGACGCUUACCGUCCAAUACUGUGUAGCAACGAUACCAUGUGUAGUCAUCCAAACUACACUUCCACGUGCAACCUCUACUCGAAAAUAUGCGAGGUUUCACCUCGAGACCAAGACGACCAAUACUUUGCGUGCGUGAUCAACCGUAUUGGUGUUAGAGUAAAGUACUAUCUCAAAUCAAGAUAUAAUAUCAGUCAUGAUAUUGACCAAGCUCCAUUUAUCGAUGCGUUAAAAGAAAACUUUAUCGGCGAUGAUUGUGCGGCCAACACUGGUCUCGAUUAUAGAAAGUACUACGACUAUACCUCUCAGGCAGCCAAAUCCACUUGCUACCCAUCUCCCAAGUGCUUGGAUAUCUCGUGCAAGACAGAGCAUGAUAUAUGCUUUGACGGAUACUAUUCCAUGUGGAGCUUCUCAUUAGCGGCAAACAAUCAAGAGAAAUGCGAUACCAUUGGUUUUUGUUCUGACAGUUCGUGUAGUACCGAUACUAAUCAAAACUGUAGUUUGGAAUGCAUAGGACAAAAGGAUGAGUUUUGCGGAUACUGUCUCAACGAUGCCUCUGUCUGCCACAACUUUGGAUCAAAUGUAACCUGCUCUGACCAAUCCACCGACCAAGUUUGUUUACUCGCAAAUGGUGAAUUUAUCAACGGUAUUUCUCCACAAGAUUGUAGUUCCACCCAAGGAUCAUGCUCAACUCAUUGUGGAUACGAACCAUCUCGACCAUAUUGUUUUAAUCCAAACAUUACAUCCGAAAAUAAUUGUUUACAGCUGUGGAAUUCAACCAUGUCAAUUUGUUAUAUCCCCUCGUCUUCAUUAGAAACUUGCAAUUAUGCCAACUUUACGUGGGGCUAUUUGACCGUUCCAAAAAAAUGCUGGACACAACAAGAGUGUGAAGACUUAGGUGGACAAUGCUCAGACGAAUUCUUUUUCACUCGAAAAGCAACAUCUAAAUAUCCACCAUUGUUAGGUAAAUGUGUGCAUAAACAUAAUAGGUCAUUUGAUUCAUGUGCAACAUGCAUCGCAACGGUAGAAAGAGACUCUCCAAUGGGAUGUUUCAACGAUACCCCACAGGUAUUCACUCGUCAAGAUUGUGAGGCUCGUGGUAGUAGCUACACAUGGUGGGAGGUAUCGGCAAACAAGACACAAUGUCUGGAGAGAAAAGGCUGCCAAUUGGUAGACACUUCAAAAUUCAACCUCCCCAACAACCAUAGAUUUAACGAAAUGAAUGAAACUGUUUGUACUAGCUGCGACAAGAAGGGCAGUACUUGGAAGAACAUGUUUGAAUGGACACCAGGCAUAUGGACCCCAGGAAUAUCCGUUGCACCACGAUCAAUCACGCCAACAUUUAUCAAAACAACAACUAUCAAGAAGUUAUUGGACCACAAUGCCUUUGCGACGGCUCUAGAUGAUGCCUAUCAAACCCACAUCUCUGAUCUCCUCAGAUCAUCUUCAUUGUGUAGGCUGGGACGUGUCCGUGAAAAUCUAUACUCGAUCGUGUGCUCUUGUCGUGGGCCGGGUGGUUCUCAAUGUUUUACAAACAGUACAUUGGUACUAGGUCAAUCCAACCCAUGUGCAAAUGAAAAUUCAAUCUUUAAGUUUUCAUUUGGAGAGAUCAAAUUCUCCAAUCAAAGUGUUCCACAGGCAUGCACCAAUGUAGUGGUGUCCCAACUCUCCAAACAACUAUUUAAAUCGUCAAGACAACCAACACUGUCAUCCUCGUUUGUAUCGCACAAGGUAAACGAUGGGUUCUCUGUCUACAAUGACAACGGAGCUGCUGUUGGGAUCAUUUUAACCGAUGGCAUUAAAAUAGGGUUGCUCGGAGUCAACUCUCUCAACAUUUGUUUUAUCCUAGAGGACCAUUUCAAAUCGUCAGUAUCUUAUCCAAUUAUUGAUAUUGCCUGUGAAACAAAUGGAACACUUCGCUCUUUGGGUAUCACAGACACUCUUCAAGACAACGAUUAUUAUUGUUUCCAUUUACAAACAGAGUUUGAAAAUGAAGCAACCUAUUUCCUCAUUCAAAGAAUUGAAAACUACCAAAACCUGUCCAAUGAACUUUUUAAUCGUUUGGAAAUAGCCUUGCUCUAUACAUUGGCAACAUGUUUUCUUUUCAACGCUAUUUGGGGUUCACUCCAAAUAAUAGUUGCUUUAUCCAAAUUCUUCCAAAACAAUCAAGAACUUCGACUUGUUCAUGCUCUUAUUGCUUCUUUGACCAUUUUCAUGAUAACAAGAUCAGUUUAUUUCUUUAUGUUACCAGGUGGAGUUAUUAUUGGAGCAGUUGGUGAUUAUGUAUUGGUAGUAUUACCAACCUUUAUUUAUUUUACCUGUUUUACCAUCAUCAUUGUCAUUUGGUACAUGCUUGUAAGGACCAUCACCACUCGAGGCAUUUUUGAAAGGAUUAGAUUAAUUGUUGGAGUAACCAAUGGAGUUAUCUAUCUUUUAUUUGUCUGUAUUGUCUUGGUAUUCCAUUUUUCACAAGACCCUUACUCUAACGACUGCGGAGGUCGUAUUCCAAUGGAACCAAACAAAACCACUCCACAACGUAUCGUGUCGAUUGUCUAUGCAGUGGUACAAGCAGUUAUUUCGUUGAUUAUUGGUGGUGCAUUUGCCUAUCUCGGUGGUACCAUCUACUGUAUGAUGAAACGUAAAAAGGUGGCUUUGGACUACCAGAAACGAGCACACCAACAGAAAAAGGUCUCCAUGAUCACCAUCUCAUGUACAAUUGGAUUCAUUCUCCAUUGCGUAUUUGUGUUGGUAUUGGUUGGAGCUGAACCAAACAAUAUCAUUUAUACAUUUGUUGGAAUGGUUGUAACUGAAUUGUUUCCAACUUUUAAUAUUUUGUAUGCUUACAAAAAAGGUACAUUAUCUGCCAUCAAAGAUGUGACCAGACGAUUCAGUAUGAAGGAUACAUCUGAAUAUACAGAUUCAUCAAGUACUCGUUCUUCCUCAGCUACAGCUUCAUCAAGUUCUUCCUCUUCUUCUUCAUCUUCAUCUUCCUCUAAAAGUCCAAAAAAUAAUCGUCACCAUCAUAACCAUAAUCACGGUCAUAAUCAUAAUCAUGGUCAUAAUCAAAUUUCUCCAUAG